GAGGACAACUACCCAAUAUUACGUCCACAGUGUAUUGGCCGGCGUUUUCCACGUAAACUUUUGUGUUUGGUGGGAUUGGUGCGACUGACAAAAACGUACUGAUUUGUAACGCGAUGUAUUGCUGGGGAGACGGAUCGAACGGUCAACUCGGCGUGUUCCUGGAAGACGAGAGUGUUGUCCUGGUACCCAAAGACGGAAAUUUUUCUGUUGGACAGAUUUCACAAAUAGCGAGCGGUGAACAACACACAGUGUUUCUCACAACACUCGGGAAGAUUUUGACAUGCGGACGAAAUUCAAAUGGACAGCUUGGUAGACCAAAGAACAAACAUAAAAAAACGCCAGUGGAAGUGGAAGGCCUGGGUGCAGUUGUAGGUGUGGCCUGUGGGCGGGACCAUUGCCUAGCCCUCUGUGAGCCUGGACAGGUGUACUCCUGGGGAUGUGGCAGUGAGGGCCAGCUGGGCACUGGCACCCCUCAUACAAAGACUGCAAAACCAAGACAGGUGCAGAUACCGUCACCUAUGCCAAUACCAAUAACUCAAAUAGCAUGUGGAAAUUUCCAUUCACUGGCACUUACAAAAGGGGGUGAUGUUUUUGCUUGGGGUCAGAAUGCUUAUGGGCAGCUUGGCCUUGGGAAGGCUGUUUCCAUGCAGCAUGCCCCAUGUCCAGUCCUGUCUCUCACUGGAGUCCCCGUGGUGCAGAUCUCUGCAGGAGGAGAGCACAGCUUUCUGCUGUCUCACUCAGGGCUGGUCUACUGCUGUGGGGCUAAUGCUGAGGGGCAGCUCGGGCUCAAUAGAGUGGACAUGAAAGGCAGAUUUUCACUGUGUGAAGUACCAGCUCUCAGACUUCUUGCUGUUUCCAGCAUAAGCUGUGGUGAAGCUCAUUCUGCUGUUCUCACAAAGGAUGGCAGAGUGUUCACCUUUGGGGAAGGAAGCCGUGGCCAACUUGGACAUAACUCCACCACUAAUGAACUCCUGCCCAGGAGAGUGGAGAGGCUUGAGGGCCAAGCCUCACAGGUAGCAUGUGGCAGCCAUCACACAUUGGUGCUCAUGUCUUCUGGAUCACUCCUAGCCUUUGGCAGUGGGGAUAAAGGUCAGCUGGGAACGGGCAACAUGGAGGACUGUAUUCUGCCCAUCCCAGUGAAGCAGACCUGGAGCUGUGCUGAACCUUCUACACAGAGUAUGACAGAAAUGACAAUAUCGGCUGGAUGGAAUACGGGAUUCCUCCACUUUGCACCACGACAGAGUUCUGAAAUAAAAGACCAAAUAUGCAAAGUGAAUGAGGAGAAACUUAAAAAAUGGAUGACACUGAAAACAGUCAGCAAAGAUGCAGAGAGAGAGAUCUCAUUGGUAUUUUCCUCAAGUUCAAGUCUUGUUGCAAAUUUUACUUGUAACAGUGAACCUCCUGUCCCAGCUGGUUCCAUUGACAUGUGUGCUGUCAGAAGGACUUUCACCCAGCUGAAGGAAAUGCCCCAGAUCACCAAACUGAUUUCCCUGGUGCCCUUGAUAGAAUAUCUGUUUGGGGCAUCUCCAGUCAUGAAGUCAGUUGACAUCUUCCUGAUUCUACCUGAGUGCCAUGUUCUCCAUGAAGAUGUGAACAUCAUUACCACUGUUCUGCCAUUAGCAGAAGCCAUUGUUCGGCUCAGUGACACGGCCAUCAAAUUACUGAGAAAACGGUGGUCCUCUUUGGAGCCAAAUGUGGUGGUGAAGCACAUCCACAUGUGGAAACGCGCUGUGGCCUUUCUGGUUAAAUCAGGGCUUCUAAGGGCCUUCAACUCCGGGGUGAAAAAUGUGCUCCAGACUCUGAAGCACAUGCACAAAGCAAACAAAAGUGCAGCGCAUAAAGUUCCUUUGGAAGAGUUCUGCAUAGAGGAGAUUGGCUUGAUCCCCCUCCUGCAGCAGGACGUGACCCUGUGGCGUCAAUUCUCACGGAUGCAGGACACAGACCAGACUCCUGCCAUCUUUUGCCGCUUUCCUUUUGUUCUGGAUUUGCCGAGUAAGGUCUUUGUCUUCCAUUUUGAUGCAACCACAGCAAAGGUGGCACAUCACAUGGACCAUAAAAUGAAGCUAGCCUCAUGUCCUUUUGACCUGCCUCCCAGUCCUUAUUUUCACCUGCAAGUGAAGCGCACAGCGCUGAUUGAUGACACCUUCAGACAACUGAGUGCAGCUGAUCAGGACGAUCUCAGGAAGGAGCUUGUUGUAGUCUUUGUUGAAGACAUGAAGCAGAACGAUGUUAACAAAAGGGACUUGUUUCUACACCUCUUUGAUGAGCUGCUAGCACCAAAGUCCAGGAUGUUCAUAUACAAUGAAUCAGAAACCUUGGUGUGGUUUCCUUCCAAGCCUGAGCUGCAGGUGAAGAGAUAUUACCUGUUUGGGGUUCUGUGUGGAAUGGCCAUGCACAAUAACAACAUGGUGCACCUGCCAUUCCCCCUGGCCUUGUUCAAGAAGAUGCUGGAGGUGAAGCCCUCACUGGAGGAUCUGAAAGAGUUCAGCCCUGUCCUAGGAAAGAGCUUGGAGAGCAUCUUGCAGUACAAUGAAGAGGUGUUGAAGAAUAUGGACUUGACCUUUUCUGUGAGCUGGGAUGGCAAAGAAGUGGACCUAGAUCCCUCUGAAAAGGGCAAACUGGUCACUCAUGCUAACAAGAAAGAAUUUGUCAAUGCCUAUGUGGAUUACAUCCUAAACAAAUCUGUGGAGAAGGUUUUUGAGGAAUUCAGGAGAGGAUUUUACAAGGUGUGUGAUAUGGAUGUGGUGCAGUUCUUCCAGCCACAGGAACUCAGGGGAGUGCUGGUGGGGAAGGAGGACUAUGAUUGGGACAUCCUGAAACAGAACACACAGUAUGAGGGAGGUUACCACCCAAGACAUUCUAACAUCAUGGCUUUCUGGGAGGUGUUUGAGGAUCUGUCUCCAAAGCAGAAAAAGGGCUUCCUCUUGUUUCUCACAGGCUGUGAUCGAGUCCCCAUCUUGGGGAUGGCCCAGGUAAAGAUGAGAGUUGGAGUCCUAUCUAAUUCUUCCCAGGAGCACUUCCCCGAGUCCUUCACCUGCCACACACUCCUGCUGUUGCCUGAUUACCAGACGAAAGAGAGGCUCCAUGCCAAGCUCACCUCAGCCAUUGCUGACAACAGGGGCUUUUGGAAGGACUGAAAGCUCUCCCCUGCAACCCACUUGCAUAGUGCACUCUCCACCUCACUCACUAGGGCACCACAAAGUAUAUGUGAUCCAUAUCAAGUCUGCUUUAACCCUUGCUGCAUUGUUAACAUUGCAUCAUUGCUCUUAGAUAAAUGGGGGAAGACAUCGGUGUAGGAGAGGGGAGCUUUUGAUAUUGCAUCAAUGCAGCAAACUCUACCUAUUGCUUUUCCUUUAUGCAAAAACAUAAAAUCAUUUAUCAUAUGAAACUGUCAUUUAUCCCGCAUUGAAAAUGUAUCUGCCACUCAUUGUGUUGUCUCUGGUAUUGUAGUACCUGACCAUGAAUCAUGCUAAUAUUAUUAAUCUUUAUCAAUAAAAGGGAAACUGGAAAUACGAAAAAUAACAAAAAUUAACAUCAAAAAAUUAAUUCAAUUUCACUAGUUUAUAAUGGUAUACAACAAACAUAUAAAAGGAUCAUUAGAUAUCAUUUUAAAA